AAUGAGGACAAGGGUUACAGAAUAAAACAAUAAACAAAACGUGAAAUAAACUAUUCUCUUCUAGAUUUGGGCCAUGUACCUCUUGACAGAGUAAGGAACCAUAUUUGAUAACUUAAACUUGAGUUAAAAUGUAUGCCCCACACCUUUCUUUAAGGUAGCAGAACCAUGCCUUUUUUCCCUGCCAUGUAAAUCGACAUUUCUAAUAUAAAUUGUCGAUUGAAUAGAUGUCAAAUUUCAAAAUAUAGACGAUUUUGCCAUUAUGACCAGCCGUUGAGAGCAACCAUGCUACAAAGUGGCCCAUGAUGAAAGCACAUCCCUGACCUCGACACUUAAAUUAACACGUGUAAGGUAACGGGAGUACUGGGAGAAAACCCACAGAGCCGAAAUUCCAACCCUGAACCUCUAAACUGCGAGCCGGACGUAUGAACCAUAAGGUCCCACUUCAGCCGUGCACAGUGUAGUUACUUCAAAAUAAAAUAAGGGAAAUAAAACUCAGUCACAUGUACAAUGAAAAGUGAAAACAGAUGUGACUCUGGCUGAAACGGAUCAGCAUUCCAGAAGAGGGAAAACAAAACAGCUAAUGUUCGCUUAUGCAAAGGAUUUCUCGUCAUGUGUCCGCUCAGUAAGUCACACUUGAGGAAUCCAAUAUGGUGUGUAUGAUCUCGGCUGCUCCGUAUAAAUAAGGUUCACGAUGCCCCUGCAUGGAAACUCGCUUUUCUUUCAAGCAUCCUUCGUGUUGUUGUUGUCGUCAUGGAGAGCUUGUUACUGUGGCAAAAUUCUAGUGGUCCCAUUCGAGGGCAGCCACUGGGUGAACAUGGAGGUCCUGAUUAAAGCACUCCAUUCUCACGGACACUCCGUGGACGUGAUUCGGACCGACAAAAGCUGGUACAUCAAGGACAGCAUGCCGCACUACAGCCCCAUCACGGUGUCUGUCAACGAAGCGUUCGACCCGGCCUUUGUCGACUCCCUGAUGAAAACGACUUUUGCUCUGGAGCGCGAGGGAAGCUCAGUGAUGAACUUUGUGCGUCUGCAGCUUCAAAUGUUUGAAGCAAUGUCCGGUACGGGCAAGAUCAUGUGCACAUUGACCAGUGCCAUAUUACAAGACGACAAUUUAAUGUCUCGUCUGAAGGAGCGUCGGUAUGACCUCCUCCUCACUGACCCCACCAUGGGCACGGGUGUCAUUUUGGCUCAUGCUCUACAGUUACCUUUGGUUUAUAAUGUGCGCUGGGUGAUGUGUAAGGAGGGGCAUCUGGUCCUGGCGCCUUCGCCUUUGUCUUACGUUCCCAUGACUGGCUCUGGACUGUCUAAUAAGAUGACUUUUCUUCAGAGGGUCAAGAAUCUUGUGUACUUUGUCAGCGGGGAAGCUCUGUACGCCUUUACCAUCAUACCGCAAUAUCAGGCUGUUUGCAACCAGUUCUUUGGCCCAGAGGUGAGAUUUGAUGAACUUCUUCAAAAAGCAGACAUGUGGCUCAUGAGAGCGGAUUUUGUCUUUGAGUUUCCUCGCCCCACCAUGCCCAACAUCAUCUACAUAGGAGGUUUCCAAUGUAAGCCUGCAGAACCUCUUCCCAACCACCUGGAGGAGUUUGUGCAGAGUUCUGGACAACACGGAGUCAUCGUCAUGUCUUUGGGGACUCUCAUCGGGGAACUUCCUAGCGACUUCGCUGAUGAAAUUGCGGCGGCUUUCGCUAAGCUCCCCCAGAAGGUCAUCUGGAGCUACAGAGGAACAAAACCUUCCACUUUGGGCAACAACACUCUCAUAGUGGACUGGAUGCCGCAGAAUGACCUCCUGGGACAUCGCAAAGUGAAGCUCUUCGUGGCUCAUGGUGGGACGAACGGUGUCCAAGAAGCGAUUUACCAUGGCGUUCCAGUAGUGGGAAUACCUUUGUUUUUUGACCAGCAUGACAACCUGCUGCGCCUCACGGAGAGAGGAGCGGCUGUGGUGGUCACGUUAGCCUCGAUGGAUAAAGAUGACAGCUUCCUGAAGGCCCUACAGGAAGUUCUUACCAAUCCGUCCUACAGGAACAGCAUGCAGAGGCUGUCCAGGCUGCACAGAGAUCAGCCCAUCCCGCCGCUCGACAACGCCCUCUUCUGGAUUGAGUUUGUCAUGAGGCACAAGGGCGCAGCUCACCUGAGGACCGAGUCCUACAAGCUGCCGUGGUACGCCUACUACAAUGUGGACAUUGUCGUUACUUUCUUUACAACAGCGGCAGUGAUGUUUUUGCUUCCGGUUGUGUUUUUGAGGACACAUGUCUUCAAAACAAAUCGAAAAUGAGCUGCUUCUUUUGACGGUAUUAUGAGCAAUCACACUAUUUAGUGCUGUGUAUCUCCUAAUUAUUGAUGAUAAUAUCAAUAAUUGUAUGUUAGAUUGUCAAACUGUUUGGAAUACCACAUGCGUGUGUGUGAGUGUGUUUGUGUGUGUGUGUUUGAUAUUGACAUGCGACAACUAAUGAAAGCUCUCUGAAGGGUUUACUCAAGACAAGGCCAAUAGGAAGAUCUGCCUGCAUGGCCAAAGAAAGGUUGGGAUCGCCUUUUCAAAAGACAGUCAAAGAAAACCCACGAAAACUAAGAUCUGUGACCAGCUCCUUCGCCGAAGACCGAACCAAAGAAACUUCGAAGCUGGUAUUGGAAGGUUCCAUGUAUCUGGAUCUUCUGUGGAUGAAAACGUGCCGGAGCACUGCACCAUUCUUAUUUACUGACUGAUAAGAAAGAGUUUCUGAAUCCACGACAGGCAUCAAAAAGUUUGGCAUUGUGUAAUGAAUUGAAAUUCAACAGUUGGGAGGUGUUUUGGGCUCAAUUCGUGUUAUCAUGUAAGUACUAGUCAAUCAUUAAAAAUGAAGCAACCAACUGUUUAAUCACUUCACCUAAUCGUUGGAUCUGGAGCUUCCGGGCUUCACCAGUCCCGUACUGAGCCAUUUUGACCCUUGAAGGCAAAAGUGGGCAAGCUUUUUUGA